UCCAGCUAUCUAACUGGGUAAAGAUUUCAGUACACUACAGGAAGACGUAGUUCUGAGAUGCCAUCCUAAUCAAAGCCAUUGGUGUGGAUACGUGUCCUGAGUCACACUGAAAUGAACGUUGUGGGAAAGCUCAGUCUAACGAUACCAUGGAGUAUAUUCUUACUGCAUUCUCUGCUGUCCUCUUUGCAAGGAUCUUACUGCAAGCUUUCUCAUUUGAGAAGAGCUUUAAGAAAUGAGUUUAAUGUAACUCGACAGAAAAGAGAUCUCGUAACAACCGAGAGCCAAGCUGCCUCUCCUCAGCCGCACCUUCGCGGGGGCUUGACACGGAGUCUGCCAGGAGGUUCAUGUCCUCAGGAGUGCCUUAAUGGAGCAGCCUGCACAGAGGCAGGGGACUGUGACUGUCAGUUACUGCAGGCUCAAGGAAGCAGGUGCCAGAUUGUGCCUAACACUGGUAAGGACCGAGAUGGGAUCUGCAAAUCAUGGGGGCAGUAUCAUUUUGAAACAUUUGAUGGCAUCUACUACUACUUCCCAGGAAAUUGCUCCUACAUCUUUGCAAGAGACUGCAGCACUCCAGAACCCCAGUACACUGUUUGGGUUCAUAACAGUCCUCACUGUUACGGCUCCGUAUAUACUUGUCCGAGGUCUGUCAGCUUGUUUAUUUCAAACCAAGAAGAGAUCAUUAUUUCAGGACAUGAAGUCAGGAAAGCUGGAAUCAGGUUAACAUUGCCUCAGACAGUUGGAAAUGCUUUCCUUGAGAGACUGGCUGACUAUAUUCUGGUGAAGACUACCUUUGGUUUUUCCCUUGCUUGGGAUGGAAGCUCUGGUAUUUAUAUUAAGCUGACAGAAGAUCACAGGGGAAAAACUUGUGGCCUCUGUGGAAAUUUCAAUGGCAAUUUAUAUGACGACCUGAUGCUGCAAAAUAUAGGUGAAGAUACAGAAGAUAUUGCUGAAUUUGCAAACAGCUGGGUGGUGCAAGCCUCAGAUGUUGCAGCUUGUGUACCUACUGCCUCAGAUUUUUCCAGUCCUUGCUCAGAUGAUGCAGAGUCCACUGAGGGCAUAUUCUUCAAGUGCCAAAUAUUUCUGCAGUUUCCCUUCCUCAGCUGCCAUGAGAGCAUAGAUCCAUACUCUUACAUCUCUAGCUGUAUGAAUGACCUUUGCAGAGUGGAUGAUGAUGAGACAUACUGCAGGGCAGUGACAGAGUACGCCAGGGCUUGCUCUCACGCUGGGUCCCCGGUGCGGGACUGGAGGGAUGACUUUCCUGCCUGCAAGAAGUGUGAGGACAGCUUUGUGCACCGUGACUGCAUCAGCUGUUGUCCACCAACUUGCACCUUUGAAAAAGAUUGUCUUGGCAGCAACCUGCACUGCUUAGAUGGCUGCUACUGUCCAGAUGGUCUCAUUAUGGAGAACGGAACCUGCAUCUCUGCGUCUAAUUGUCCCUGCGUCUAUCAUGGAACUGCCUUCCCUGUGGGCUCAAAAAUUGAACAAGAGUGCAGCAACUGUAUCUGUAGUGGUGGCGUUUGGAACUGCACCGAUCAUGACUGCCCAGCUGAGUGCUCCAUCGUAGGCAGCUCUCAUUUCACAACCUUUGAUGGACGUCACUUUACCUCGUUGGGGAUUUGCCAGUACAUUUUGGUGAAAGGCACUGGAGAAAACAGAUUCACACUCACUUUACAGAGGGCACCUUGUGGACAGAACAUGGACCACGCCUGCAUUGAGUCUAUAACACUAGUUCUUGAAGAUGAUGUGAGCAAACAAGUGACUCUCACAAGAGAGGGGCAUGUGCAAACUGGACCUAACCAAGUCUUUAACCUUAAUGGGGCUGUUGAAAUUCAGAAUGUGUCUUCUUUCUUUGUUCACCUGAAAACUAGUUUUGGUUUGAAGAUAUUGUUUGCUAAAGAUGGAGAGAGGAUCUAUGUGCAAGUUGAUGUCAGCUGGAAGAGAAGGACGUCAGGAUUAUGUGGCACUUACAAUGGAAACUUAAGAGAUGAUUUUCUCUCUCCAGCAGGGAUGAUAGAAGGGACCCCACAGCUUCAUGCCAAUGCAUGGAAGGUUUCCUCAGUUUGUUCUGUGCCUGUUAAUAUUCCUGUGGUUGAUCCCUGCAACGUUAACCAGCAAAAUGCUGGGUAUGCAGCUCACUGUGAUAUCAUCAACCAAGAAGUUUUUGCUCCCUGCCAUGCCUACAUCAGCCCAGGGUUAUACUACCAGCUCUGCCGCUUUGAUGCAUGCAGAUGUGGAAGCAGCUGUUUGUGCAAUGCUUUGGCACACUAUGCUUAUGUCUGUGGCAAGCACGGGGUCGUUGUUGACUUCAGAUCUCAUCUUUCUUACUGUGCUGCAGUGUGUCACAGUGGUAUGAUUUAUCAGCAGUGCUCUUCUUUCUGUAAACACUCCUGUUCUUCACUUUCCAUGGCAAAUAUCUGUGGUGAUGACUGUGCAGAAGGAUGUAACUGUCCCGAUGGGAAAUACUUUGAGGAGUCAGUCAACUUCUGUGUAGCACAAUCUGCCUGUCAUUGUCUUUACAAGGGCAAAGCCCUCCAGCCUGGAGAAACCCUCCUUACGCCAGCGGGCUCCUGCCAGUGUCUGAACGGAACAGUGACAUGUGUUGAAGCCACUGUGGAAAACAGAGUUCACAUAUGCCCUGAAGGAAAAAUCUACUAUGACUGCAGAUUUCCUGUGCCUGGAUUACCAGCUGCAGGGGUGAACUGUGGCAUCUCUUGUGCAAACCUUGCCAUGAACUUCUCCUGUGUCCCCUCACCACCCUGUGCAAGUGGCUGCAUUUGCCCCCCUGGGAUGGCUGAACAUAGAGGGAAGUGCUAUAUUCCUGACAGUUGUCCCUGCACCUGGAAGGACAGGGAAUUUCUCUCAGGAGAAGUGAUAGCUACAUCCUGUUACACCUGUGUUUGUCGGAGAGGGAUAUUCAACUGCACCAGCCACCCCUGCCCUGCGGUGUGCACUGUUUACGGAGACAGACAUUAUUACACCUUUGAUGGACUGGAGUACGACUACGCCAGUGACUGCCAGGCUUACCUGCUAAAGAAACAAUCCUUCUGAGUCAUGGAAAGCAAAGCUCACUAUCAGCUUUGGAAGGCUGGCUACUACACUGUGAUACACUUCCCAGAACAGGACAUCACAGUUCUGUGGGAUAAGAAGACAAUGAUGCAUGUUAAAGUUGGACCUCGAUGGAAGGGGAAACUGGCAGGUUUGUGUGGGAACUUUGACAAAUACACUUCAAACGAUCUGACCACAUCAAAUAACAUGGAGGUGAGAAAUGCACAGGUGUUUGGAGACAGCUGGGUGCUAGGGCAGUGCAAGAGCCCAAACGAAACCCUGAGACCGUGCGAGGUGCAGCAGAGCAAGUUCCCCUACGCCAAAAAGGAAUGCUCGGUUCUGUACAGCGACCUGUUUGCACCCUGCCGCAACGUGAUUGAUGUGACCUCUUUUGUCAAAAACUGCCACACGGACACCUGCAACUGCAAUCUUGGUGGGGACUGUGAGUGCUUGUGCACCAGCAUCGCAGCCUAUGCCCACAAGUGCUGCCAGCAGGGGGCGGCGAUUCACUGGCGAUCCCCUUCGCUCUGCGCUUAUGACUGUGAAUAUUACAAUCAAGGUCUUGGAGAAGGACCCUAUAUUUUGGCAAGCUAUGGAAAGAGUGACAUGAUUAUAGGAGCUAACGUCUCCAGCGGAAGAAUAUUUGCCCUGCCUAGAGCCAGAGCACAUGGCAAUAUAUUUUUCAGCUUCAUGAUAACACCAGGUCUUUUCAAAGAGAAAGAUUUAUCUCUCUCUCUUGUUUCCCUGGAGUCAGCCGAGAGACCGAACUACUUUCUGUCUGUGCGUGACACGGGCGCGGUUGGCUUGGAGCAGUGGCAGGAGAGUGCCUCCUUCCGAAGACGAGCUACCUUCUUCCACCACCAGGGCCUCUGGAGUCCAGGGCUCAGUGCCUUCGAGCUGCACAGUAAAAAAGGCUUCUUCAUCGUUCUCACAUCCAGCGGUGUUCAAGCGGCCAAGUAUGAUGAGUCAGAGCACUUCAAACGCUUCAGUAGCUUUAGUGUCGAAGAGCUUGAGGCAUCUGUGCCCUACAGAAGGAUGUGUGAAUGGCGAUACGAAUCCUGUGCUACUCCUUGUGUUAAAACAUGCAGGGAUCCUGAAGGGACAGCAUGCAAAUUCCUUCCUCCGGUUGAAGGAUGCUUGCCAUACUGCCCCAAAAACAUGAUCCUUGACGAGGUCACCCUUAAAUGUGUUUAUCCAGAAGACUGCAUACCUGUGACACCUACUGAACCUGCACUUGGAACAAAACCUUCACUGGUAAUCUCUCAAACAGGAAAAGAGAGUUCUUCAGCAAGUUCUCCAGAAGAAGAGGGAACAACACCAGCAGUAUCUGCCAGAGUCAUCACUCAAUCCACUGCACCAAUGAUCACGAAUAUGGCAGUGAAUGCUACGUCCUUAAAAGCACCUUAUCUUUUUGCUAAAGUACCACCUAGCUCUUCAGCCAGUUCCUUAGCUGCUUCUGGCACCACUGUGCCCUCUAGGAUCACUACAGAAAACACUGAUUUGGAGGCCUAUGUGGCUUCUGCUUCAGUUCCCACCACCGUAGAAACAUCCAUGCACUUGUCACACAAAUCUUUGCUUACAUCUGCAGGGACUCAGGCUUCAAAGAGCACCAAAGAAACUCCAAGAUCUACAGUUGUGACAACUGGCACUACAGACUCAUUAUCACAGGUGAAGAGCACCUCAUUUACAGCUUCAGCAAUUAAACAUGCAACCUCAUUUGAAGGAACUGUGGAUGUUUUUCCAAGUGGCCAGAGCCUAUAUGAGCAAAAAACUGUUACCAGCACAACAACAACUGCUGGGGAAUCUUCCCUGCCUUAUCUGGCAGUAUCUGCAGUCCAGAGCUUGCCUUUUUCAACAAAUACAACCCCCUCAGUUAAAAAUGUCUCUCUUUCUGGAGACCUUCAUGUAACAACAUCAGGUUGGUCCAAAAUCCCAAUGCAUGAAACUACAAAACCUCAUUUUGGUUUAGCAGAGCCCACAGAGGUGCAGACCAGAACUAGAACAGAUUUACCACAUUCUAGUGGUGGAAUGGCUCUGCCUUCCUCUUCAAAGCCUGUGGAAACAGAAGCUUCUCUGGCAACCACAGAACCAGUGACUGCUGGCAAGACUUCCUUUGGUACAGGGACACCAACACUGAUGUCUACAUCUCCAGAAUGUGUGCCUGGUUACCUGGAGCCCAUUGACAGAUGUAGCCAGUAUGUGUGUGUCAAUAUGGGCUGGAUGCUAUACAACCUUUCAAGGAACUGCCCUAAGGAUGUGCAGAAGCCAGACUGUGGUUUUCGAGGAAUGCCAGUUCAAGUUAACACUGACAGCUGCUGUCCAGAGUGGGAAUGUCCCUGUCAAUGCUCCAUCCUGUCUGAGUUGAGUGUUAUUACCUUUGAUGGCAACAACCUAGCCCUCUGUAAUAUGGCUUCCUACAUUCUAGUCAACCUACCAGGAGAAAUGAUUGUUGCUCAGAUUGAAACAUGUCCUGUUCAGCAGAAUCAGAGAAGCAAUAAGCUUCUCUUUUCUUUCAAGGUUCCCCCUGCAGAUGCUUCAGGACUCUGUUUUAAGAUACUGAAUGUAACAACAAGCACAUAUAAGUUACUCAUCAAUCGUCUAGCAAGAAAAGUGGUUGUGGACUCUGUAACCCAAUCACUGCCAUUUUCUAAAGGAGGGCUGAGUGUUCAGGACACUGGUGCAAUGUAUGUUGUUGAUACCCCAGCUGGCAUUAACAUCAGGUGGGCUCACGUCACAGGCAUCAUAGACAUACAGUAUGGACUACACUCCAACACAUCAGAGAAGACAGAAGGCCUUUGUGGGGUGUGUAAUGGAGAUCCUGCUGAUGACCUGAAAAUGCAGAACAGCACAGUAAUAACAAAUAUGGAUGAAAUGGAAGUGUUCAUUAAGAGUUGGGAGAUAGAGAAAUCACUUGAUGUAACAACCAGGAGGCCAGGAGGAAACUGUGAUGAAGAUAACUGCACAUACUGCAUGGAACUCUUAAACAGAAUCAUUUUCAUCCCUUGUCACAAGAAAGUGUCACCACGGGAGUUCUGUGAGAAGAUGUGGCUCAACAGUACUUCUUUUUGGAAUUAUGAGUGUGAUGCACUUUCUGCAUAUGUAUCCUUGUGCAACAAGCACAAUAUCUGCAUUCAGUGGAGGACCCCUGACUAUUGCUCACUGAGCUGUCCAGAAGGCAAGGAUUAUCAGCCCUGUGUGCAACCCUGCGAAGCCAAAACGUGCUUGAAUAAAUGGUUCUAUGGAGAUUCUGCUUGCUCCCAUUUAAGGGAAGACUGUGUGUGUAAAAAUGGCACCAUUCUGCACAGAACAGACUCCAGCCUCUGUAUACCAGAAGAAAAAUGUACAUGUACAGAUAACAGAGGACAGCCUCGCUCUGCUGGGGAGAUCUGGAAUGGCUCCGUGAGAGGCUGCUGCAUGUACAGCUGUUUGGAAAAUGGCAGUAUUGUUGCUGUAGAGCCUGAAUGCAAUGAGGAUGCACCCCUUGUAUGUGAAAGAGAAGGGGAGGUUGUCAUCCAUGUGAUGGAAGAGGGAGCUUGCUGUCCAAAGAAAGUCUGUGAAUGCAACAUGUCCUUGUGUGAUGCAGUCAUUCCAACAUGCAAACCCAAUGAGAAAUUAGUGGGAGGCUACCACCCCCUCUCCUGCUGUCCACAGUACCAAUGUGAAUGUGAUCCUUCAGUUUGCUUCAAUGCUUCCCAGUUGGACUGCAGAGACGAUCAAUUCAUUGUCGAAGCGAAGCUGGAAGAUCCCUGCUGUUUCUCUUACCUCUGUGUUUGUGAAGCCUGUAAGGAGCCUGUGCCCUUGUGUAACGAAGGGGAGAUUCUCACCGUAGACCUCAAUACCAUACAUUACUGCUGCCCUCAUUACUACUGUGUUUGCGAUGAAAGUCUUUGUUCUGAGCCUUCCCUGACUUGCACAGAUGACAUGACACUUGUGAAGGAAAAAACACCUGGGCAGUGCUGUCCUGAUUGGCACUGUGAGUGCAGCUGUGAAAACUCCACUCUGUUGACCUGUAAAUUGGGAGAAGUUCGAAAAGCAGACAGCAGCGUUUCCAGUGCCUGUGGAUGCACUCACUACACCUGUGAGAAGGAUGAGGUGUGCAUCUUCCAAGAGGUCACAGUGCUGAGCCCUGGGCAGUCAGUGAUCCAGUACUUAGAUGGCAACCUUUGUUACACUGUGCAGUGUUUAGAAGAAAAAGAUCAGAACACAGGAUUCAAUGCCAUGAGCUUUACAACCAUGAACUGCUCCCAGCAGUGUGAAGCUCAUCAAAUCUAUAUUCCUUCCUUCAGUCACCAUACUUGUUGUGGUACCUGCCAAAACUUGUCAUGCUCUUUCCAUACUGAAAAUGGAACACAGAUUCUGUAUGAGGAAGGAAGCACCUGGAGCUCCAACUGCACCAACUACAAGUGUGCAAAGACUGCUGCAGGAGCUAUUAUACUGGGAUCAAGUGUUAUCUGCCCCCCUUUUAAUGACACUGAGUGUACAAAGAAUGGAGGAAUUGUGCAGAUGUAUAACGAUGGCUGCUGCAAGACCUGCAAAAAGGAAGAAAGGAUCUGCCAGAAAAUGACAAUCAGGACAACCAUAAGGAAAAGUGACUGCAUAAGUGCAAGCCCGGUAAAUGUGGCUUCUUGUGAUGGCAAAUGCCCCUCUGCAACGAUUUUCAAUGUCAAUAUUGACAGCCAUUUAAGAUUCUGUAAAUGCUGUCGAGAAACUGGAACUCGCAAUCUGGCUGUGCCACUGCACUGCGCAGGCAAUGGCACUCAGGUCACCUACAUCAUCCAGGAGCCGAUAGACUGCUCCUGCCAGUGGAACUGAACACCAAAGAAUCACAGAAUCA